CUCUCUCUCUCUCCUGUUCAGUUUCCCACCCCUCUCGGCGCGGCGGAACCGCCGCCUCCCCAAAAUCCUGUUAACCCUCUUGCUUGUUGCUUCCUCCCCCAAAAUCGAGUCUCCUCCUCUUCCUUCCCACGGAAGCCUCCAGAACAGAAAUCCCCCGCGCGCGAUGGCGGCGCCGGUGCAGCUGACCCCCGGCGGGGUGCCGCUGGUCUCCAAUCACGUCGCCGGCGCCGAGACGGUGCAGGCGGUGCUGCAGGUGCUUGACGUGCGGGCUGUCGUCCACAAGAGCAACGACAACCCCGGCGGCUCCAACCGCUACCGGAUGCUGCUCUCCGACGGCGUCUACUCGCUGCAGUCCAUGCUCGCCACCGCCGAGAACCAUCACAUCCGGGACGGCUACAUCCAGAAGGGGUCCAUCAUCCACCUCCAGGAGUACACCUGCAGCACCAUCAAGACACGCAGGAUCACUAUUGUUCUCAAACUUGAUGUUCUGCAAACUGAGUGCGAGAUAAUCGGAAGCCCCAAACCCUAUGAGUUGGUAAACCCACCUACGGAGCAGGCCCCCAACUUACCGGCCAAUGCUGCUCAAGUUAAUAGUGGAGCAUAUUCCAGUGGCCCAGGCAUGCUGGGAUCUUCUGUUGCUCCAAGGGUAGCACAGGUUGCUAAUAAUGUAUCACAGGGUGGAUCCUACGGUGGUCAUCCGGGUAUGGUGAACCCUCCAAUUGGUCGAGCAGUAGAUCAUGUUCCUAAUGUGUCAUCUGGGGGCUCUUACGGUUCUUAUGGUACAGCUUCAGCACAUAAUACAAUGAAUGCUGACAUGGUGCAGUCAAACUUGCAGCAGCCUUCACUGAACUCUCACCAGAACCAAAGGUUUGCAGUUCCUGCCAUGGCUGGUGGCAGUAGUGCUCCUGUCAAUACAAUGAAUGCUGACAUGGUGCAGUCAAAUUUGCAGCAGCCUUCACUGAACUCUCACCAGAACCAAAGGUUUGCAGUUCCUGCCAUGGCUGGUGGCAGUAGUGCUCCUGUCAAUACUUACGGCCUCCCUGCACAGCCGUUUUAUCAGCAACCACCUCCAGGGCAUAUGAAUAGAGGUCCUGUUACUAAGAAUGAAGCUACCCGUGCUAUUCCAGUGGCUCAAUUGAACCCCUACCAAGAAAGAUGGACAAUCAAGGCUAGGGUGACUUCAAAGACUGAUCUUAAGCACUUCAAAAAUGACAAAGGUCCUGGAAAAGUCUUCUCCUUUCAUCUCCUUGAUGCACAGGGUGGAGAAAUCCGUGCAACAUGCUUCAAUGUGCAGGCUGAUCAGUUUUUUGACCUAAUUGAGGUUGAUAAGGUGUACUUGAUAUCUAGAGGGUCGCUGAAACCUGCACAGAAGAAGUUUAACCCUUUGAAUCAUGAGUAUGAAAUAACUCUGGAUUUCAAAACUUCUAUUGAAGUUUGCCCUAAUGAUGAUAGCAGCAUCCCUAGGCAGCAAUACAAUUUCCAUCAGAUAAGCGAAAUUGAGAACAUUGAGGUUAAUUCUAUUGUGGACUUGGUUGGGAUUGUUACAUCAGUUUGCCCUUCUGCCACACUAACACGGAAGGAUGGUUCGGAAACCCAGAAAAGAACUCUUCAACUGAAAGACAUGUCUGGUCGAAGUGUGGAAGUAACCUUAUGGGGGAAAUUCUGUGAUGCUGAAGGCCAGAAGCUGCAGUCUCUGUGUGAUUCUGGUUUGAAUCCUGUACUAGCUUUGAAAAGUGUCCGUGUUACUGAAUUCAAUGGUAGAUCUGUGAGCACCAUCAGCUCAACCCAGUUAAAAAUAGACCCAGACUUUCCUGAGGCUGAUAAGUUGCAACACUGGUAUGCAACUGAAGGGAAGACUGCUGCUUGUGUUUCUUUGUCAGCUGCAAGUAGUAUGGGCAAGACUGAUAUCCGGAAAACAGUUGUGCAGAUCAAGGAUGAAAAUCUGGGGCGAUCAGAGAAGCCGGACUGGAUCACUGUUAAAGGUGCAAUUUCGCAUGUAAACACUGAUAGUUUUUGUUACCCUGCAUGUACAUGGGAGCUGAAUGGUAGGCAGUGCAACAAAAAGGUGAUAAAUAAUGGUGAUGGGACAUGGCUUUGUGAGAAAUGCGACCAGAGAUUAGAAAAGUGUGAAUAUAGGUACUUGCUGCAGUGCCAGAUCCAGGAUCACACUGGGCUCACCUAUGCUAAUGCAUUCCAUGAGCCUGGUUUGGAGAUACUUGGCUACAGCGCUGAAGAGCUUUAUAACAUAAAAGAAGAAGAUGCAGAACGAUUUGCAGAGAUCAUACAGGGGGUUCGCUGGCAGCAGUUUCUAUUCAAGCUGAAAGUCUAUGAGGAGACCUUUAACGAUGAGCAGCGAAUCAAGUGCCAAAUUACAAAAGCAGAGAAGCUGGAUUUAUCGAGAGAAUGCUCUUACCUUCUGAAGGCGAUUGGUGCCCUAUUGCAGGAUGAUACAGGCUCACCAUCUGAGGUUCAAGGCGCCAGCAUGGCCUAUAAUGCUGGUCUCAAUAACUCCAGCACUCGACAAAGCGUGCCAGCCUCCAACAUCCCCCAUGCCACGAGUAUGCCCACCCCAAAGUAUGGUGAGUCUGCGAACCAGUUUGGGCAGCAAGCUAACCCAUAUGGCGGGAUGUCCGCUCCAUUUUCAGCGACACGGAAUGUGCAGACCUGCAUGUCUUGUGGGUCAAGUGGGCACAAUGCCCAGAACUGCCCUUCUGGCAUAUAUAGGCAGCAGCAGCAGCAGCCUGCUGCGAACACAGCUAUCUCCUACGGCUCUUCACCUGGUGAUGUUGGCUCUGGUCUGUGUUACAAAUGCAAUCAGCCUGGGCACUUUGCCAGAAAUUGCCCUGGUGUGGGUGCUGCACCCCAGCAGCAGCCGUAUGGGAGCGGCGUUGCAUCGGGAGCAUAUGGUAGGCCGCCCAACGUUAGGGUUAGGGCUACGAAUUACUGAGGUCAGUAUCUUCCGAAUCCAGUGUUCCUAGUUUUUGUUGAGAUGUCGGUCUGUAUGGCAUCACUGCGUCUGUGUAAAGUAGAUAACCGUUUCUUGUGUGGUUAUCUGAAUCUGAACUAUGUAUGGAUACUAUGAUCAGCGUUUAUAUUCCUUCUAUAUGCUUCUUGUAUAAUGGUGUGUGGAGAAUCCUCUCGUUUGUCUUUUGAAUUCGUGGUCUGUAUUUAGGCUCGUCAGCAGCUUAUAAACUGUAAGCUUCUGUAAAUUUGAAGGAACGCCCAGUGCGACUCAUCUUUAAAUUAUGAGCAUUUCGUUUCCUUU